AUGUCUGCCUCAGUUGAAGUCGUUGGCUCGGAGCUCGUUGAGGAUCUUCAGGAUCUCGCCAUCCAAGCCAAGACUGGCAUGGAAGGGGCCAAUGCAGCAGCAGAGGAGAAGAGUAACUUGGGCGGCUGCGACACUAACCGAACUGACAUAAAUAGCCAUCAUGGGUUUUGUGCCAUUUGUUUGAAUAGGAUAGUGCUUCAAGAAACAGCUUUUGUAAAAGGUUGCGAGCACGCAUACUGCGUGACUUGCAUUUUGCGGUGGGCCUCUUGCAAAAAGCAACCAACUUGCCCUCAGUGUAAAGUUCCGUUUGAGUUCCUCAACAUUCAUCGUGCACUUGAUGGAAGCAUUUACGAUUACAUGUUUGAGGAGAGUGUGUGCCUUCUCCUGAGAGCUUCAUGGUUUAAGCCUCUGGUUGAAGUCGAAAAGGAGGAGCUGGACAAAAUAGAAGAUUGGUAUUAUUAUGAAGAGGAUGAAGAUGAUCUAGCUGAAUUUUAUUUUUCGAGUUCCUCGACCAUCCGAAUAGGUAAUCGCCGUUGGGGGGACAAUGGAUUCGUUAGGGCGGGCAGACAAGAAGCAAGGCCCGUCCGUCACCUGUUUGCUCAAGACCCAGAUGCUGGCCCAUCUCGUCAGCCCAAGGAGCCGAAGAAAGACAGCCCUAAUAAAGAACUAGGUUCGUACACCGGCCAUCAGCCAGAAAAGGAUCGAAUCGCCGAAGGCAACGAGACUAAGAACAAGACAGCGACAGUCAUCCGAGCCGGAUUGGCAUACCGACCAAAAAGCAAUAAAAUAAAGGCAACUUGCAGCCUAAUGAUGAGAAAUUACAUCUCUGCCAGCUAUUCGGACGGUCGGUCAGUCCUGGACUCAAUGGGUUCAGGACAGCGCAAGACAAUGGACUCAAUAGCUAAGGCAGCCCGGUUCACGUACAACCCCGAAACAAUUCAAGAAUCCGAGCAAUCCUUCUCGGGCAUCCUCCAAGUCUAUGUCCACAACAUAUGCAUACACGACAACCAAGAUGUGUACGCCAAGUUCUCCUUCACUUACAACCCAGACGAGACUUUCUCGACAAGGAUCAUCAACGGUGGAAGAGGCGAAAACCCGGGUUUCAGUAUCAACGAGAGGCUGAUCAUGAAAAUCCGCCAGGCAGACGCUGUCUUAAAAUGCGAGAUAUGGAAUCAUCAGCUUCUCGGUUUUGCUCUGAUCCCCAUUUCCUCUGUUUCAAGUAAAGGGAAAGUGACCCAAACUUUCGACCUCUCAUCGACCGACCUGUUCCAUUCGCCAGCUGGAACUAUAAAAUUAUCGCUCUCCCUCGAUGCGGAGAGCCUUACCACUAAUUUUCCCAAAGAUAUUUCUUUGUCCGAAUUAGUAGUUGAUUCUUGCCAGGUGGCUACCGAACUCUUGAUAGAUAAAAAUGUCCCGGAUAUGAAUGUCGUGAACGAGAACAAGCAAACGGGGUCGGAGUACUUUGAGAAAAACAGACAGGCCUUCAUGCGGCCAUGGCCCGAUGGGUCAUUUCUCCACCUCGGCUCACUGCCAGCUCAGGACCACGAAAUGGCAGAUAGUUCCUCACACGAGUGGCAAGCCGGGUCAGUAUCUUUUGAUGGGAGCAUGCGAAAUUCGAGCUCUCCGCCGAGUUCAACCAUGACGAGCUUGAGAAACGACUGGGCCUCGGCUGACUCCAUUGAGAAAAAAGGUGGGUUCUUUGCAGAGGAAAGGGACAGAAAAGAAAUGGGGAAUGAGGCAGAGGGGUCUGACAUGCAGAAGCAGAUAGUGGAUAUGUACAUGAAGAGCAUGCAACAGUUUACAGAGUCCUUGGCUAAAAUGAAGCUUCCAAUGGAUUUGGACAAGCCCAUAAUCAUCGAUGGACCGAGGAAUUCGAUUCUCGAUGCGGAUAAAAAAAUCGAGAUGGAGAAGGAGAAGAGGGAGAUUCAUGGCAGGGUGUUUUAUGGUAGCAGGGCUUUUUUCUAG